AUGUAUGCAGAUGAGUACAGUAUACCGUUUUUAGAACAGUCCAGAAUGUCAGCUCGUACGAAUAUUUUCAAGCAAAUGGAAAAAGUGAAUAGCUCGACAGCUUCACCGCGAACCUUAAAUCCGAACUCAGUCAAAGACGCGUUAUUGCGUUGGGUUCAGAACCGUUUGCAGGAAUAUCCGAACAUCUCUAUCACGAACUUCUCAUCAUCAUGGGCCAAUGGAAUGGCAUUUUGCGCUCUAAUACAUCGAUUCGCACCGGAUUCGUUUGAAUUCGAGAAAUUAGAUCCGAAGAAUAGACGAGAGAAUUUCGAACUGGCGUUUCGAGUUGCCGAGGAGCAUGGAAUUUGUCCACUUCUGGAAGUCGACGAUAUGAUUAUGAUGGGUGAUCGGCCCGAUUGGAAAUGCGUAUUCACCUACGUCCAGUGUUUUUAUAAAAAAUUUCGAGACCAUCCAUAA